UUAUAACGAAAUCAGUCAUAGCUGACACACGAAAGUGUACUGAUAAUAUAGAGACUGGUUUGGAUGCGAUAACAAACGUUUUAAGUUUUUACUAUUAUAUAUGACCUUAUUUUUCUUGUCUACUUUAAUAUAAAAAUUUAGCAAUUAAAAAAGUAUAAAGUUCGACUUUUGAGGAAUACUUUGAUAGAAAAAGUCGGGACAAUAAUCAAUUGAUUAGUGAAAACAAGAGAGUGUAACGAAAAUCUGAUGGAAUAUAACGCAAAGAAACGACAAAUAUAAUUUCUAGAGCUUCCUCACAUUACGAGAAUUUAUUUCUCACGGUUCUGAUAAAUAUUUAGAAAGCCUGUGCAAAUUUGAUUAUCCGCCGGUUUCUGUUCAUCGUUAUAUCAGUUCUGCAAAAAAGAAAUAUUUUAAUUGAUAAAAGAAUGGCCAAAUUCAAAAUUUCCGCACCUGGUAGAAUUGUCUUAUCCGGAGAACACAUAGCAAUAUAUGGAAAACAGUUUCUUGCGACCAGCUUAAAUCUUCGUACCACUCUCGAAUUCUGCGAGCUACUUAAUGUACCAAAAAGCAAUAUUAGAAUAGAGUUCCCAAAUAUUAAUAUAGAACAGGAUAUAUCUAUGGAAGAAGUUGAACUCUUCUGCUCUCGUCCUGAUAAUGCAGACAUUAUUUCAAAUCCAAAUGACAUGUUUGAAUACGUGCAAUACAUGAUCACUGUUAGAAAGUGUAUGUGGACGACAAACCAGCAGAGAUUUAGCUUACACGUAUUCCUUUUCUUACUUUAUUCAAUCUAUUAUCAUGAACACCUCGAGAUAAAACCUUUUCGCGUACGCUUGUUCACCGAAAUACCCAACACAGUUGGUUUUGGCAGUUCGACAUCGUUCACGGUAUGUGUCGCAGCGUGCUUUCUUCAUUGGCAGCGUUUACAAAGUGGCUGUAAUCAUAUUGAAUUUAACAAUGCUGAAUUAGAGUCGAUUAUAAAAUACACUGUAUCCUGCGAAAAAAGUAUGCAAAAGUUUACAUUUCCGGACGUCGAUGCCCACGUUUGCACAUACGGCAAAAUAGUAAAAUGUCAACGUAUCGAUUACAAAAUAUAUAAUAUAGAGCCCAUGGAAAUGGAAGAAAUGGAUAUUCUACUGACCGACUCCGAUGUUAACCUAGAUAAGUAUACACAAGCGGAACAAAUAGCAAUGCUGAACGUUCAAACUCCUGCCAAUUUUAAUUCUAUAUUAAAUAAAUUAGAAUUCCUGACAAUAAAUAUGUAUAGCAGUCUUAAAUCAUUAAGUGAUGCCAUCACUUCGACCAGUUUACAUUUAGAGAGUGAAAGUUCUCUUCCCCCGAAUGUGAAUUAUUGGUUUAAGAAGGUCACGUCACACAUUAAGGAUAAUCAACAAUUGUUGAAGAAAUAUAAUUUGUCUGCUCAGAAAUUUGAUGAUAUUUGUCAGAUUGCAGAAAAAUAUGAACUAGCAGGAAAAUUUACAGGUUUUAAUAGUAGAUAUGUAUACACUCUACCACCACCAAACUGUGCUAGCAAUAAUGUGGUCAUCAACUUUCAGCAGAAUUUACUAAGAGAAAAUUUCAAAUUGCCAAAGGAAACCAGCAUCAAUUGUGAAGGAGUGAAAAUUGAAAAUUAAUUAUAUCAAAAUUAUCACGAUUAUAACUGACUUAA